CUUAUAGCAAAUUGUGUAAAAAAAAAUAAAAUAAAUACAUUUGUCCAGUACCUCUGGAUAACAGGGCAGCUCCAGAAGAUAUGUAGAAAUGUUGCUGGAUCCUCAGAGCAACCCCAACAUCUAGAAGGGUGGGCUGGAAACCAGGGGCAGACUGACCAUUUGGAAACUCGGCACUGACCGAGGGCCCGGGGUCGGUAGGGGGCCCCAUGAGUUUCCCCUGGUACCUUUUUCAUAGGCUUUUUUGAGUUUGAGCAAGGACACAGGGGCCCCAUGAUCCCCUAUUGCUCGGGUGCCCCAUGACUUGUCAG